AUGUUUAUUAGGCCUAUUAUUAUUAUCCACUUUUGUCCCGUCGGUGAGUAAUAAAACAUAAACAGUUUUGGUUGCGUCAAUUAAACUAUGUACUUGCAUUUUGCAUAUUAAAUUCUAGACACCAAUUUCACUGUCUACCCUAUACCAAUUCUUCUUCUUUUUCUUCUUUCAUCAAUUCUUGGCUCAAGCAAAAUAAAAAAAAAAUGCACACAAAAACUGAUUCAGAAGAUACGAGCUUGGCUCCUUCAUCGCCGGAUAAUAGUCGCCGGCCGGUGUAUUACGUUCAGAGUCCGUCACGUGAUUCUCACGAUGGCGAGAAGACAACGACGUCGUUUCACUCUACUCCUGUGAUCAGUCCAAUGGGUUCUCCUCCUCACUCUCACUCCUCCGUCGGCCGUCACUCCCGUGAUUCCUCCUCCACUCGAUUCUCUGGCUCCCUCAAGCCUGGAUCCCGGAAGAUUUUACCCAACGACGCCGCCGCAGCCGGCAGUCGCCACCAUCGCAAAGGGCAGAAGCCCUGGAAGGAAUGUGAUGUUAUUGAAGAAGAAGGGCUUCUUGAAGAUGAUAGAUCGAGUAAAUCUCUACCCCGCCGGUGCUAUGUCCUUGCUUUUGUUGUUGGUUUCUUCAUCCUUUUCUCCUUCUUUGCUCUCAUUCUAUGGGGUGCUAGUAGACCUCAGAAACCCAAAAUUACCAUGAGGAGUAUUAAAUUUGAUCGAUUUGGGAUUCAAGCUGGUUCUGAUGCUACAGGAGUAGCAACUGAUAUGAUCUCCAUGAAUGCUACUGUGAAAUUCCUUUACCGUAACACUGCAUCUUUUUUUGGUGUACAUGUCACAUCAUCCCCUCUUGAUCUCUCAUUUUCAGAACUCACAAUUGGAUCCGGAGCAAUGAAGAAAUUCUACCAAUCAAGAAAGAGCCAAAGAGUUGUAUCUGUAUCAGUGAUAGGAAACAAGAUCCCAUUAUAUGGAGGUGGAGCAAGUUUGAGCACCCCAGCAGGGGCAACUCCAUUGCCAGUGCCACUGAAAUUGAACUUCAAGCUUAGAUCAAGAGCUUAUGUUUUAGGCAAAGUGGUGAAGCCCAAGUUCUACAAGACAAUUGAUUGUUUACUUACUCUUCAUCCCCAGAAGAUGAACGUUGCAAUUCCACUAAAGAAUUGUACCUACAGUUGAUGAUUAUUGAGCUAUCUGAGUUGGUAAAGUUUUGAUCUUUUUUUCUCAAUCUUGAUUGUCAACAAAGUGAAUUGAUAGCUAUUGGGGCAGUUUGUGGUCUCUAUCUUUUGCCUCACUACUUACCAACUCUCUCUGGAGUGGAAUGUGGACAGGCUGUUACACUGGAAAAUGGACAGCACAAGGAUGUGACAAAUAUUCAUUUCUCGUGUUAAUUUACCUUGUUAUUAUAAUCUGUAAUAAUCUAUACGAUAUAGAUUGAUUUGUUUAUUUAUUUGGAAGUUGAAUAGUACUACUUAUUUUCAAUAUUAGUA